GAUCAACACAGAAAGCGCACAACAAUAUCAUUGGAAGCACGGUCAUCAUGGACCUUGUCACAAUCCUUUUAUCUGUCGUGGUCAUCCUCUUCUUGGCCAAUGUAUACAACAAGCAAAAGAAACAUAAAGACAAAAAUUUACCUCCUGGGCCCAAACCUUUACCCAUCAUCGGAAAUCUGCACAUGCUUGAUAUGAAACAACCUUACAAAACAUUUCUAGAGAUGUCUAAGACGUAUGGCACAGUACUGACUAUUCAUUUAGGAAUGGGAAAAGUCAUCAUCUUGUGCGGCUAUGAGACUGUUAGAGAUGCUCUACUUACCCAGGGUGACGAAUUUGCUAACAGACCACGGUUGCCAAUAUUUUCAAAAUCAACUAAAGACAAUGGUGUUAUUUUUUCUAAUGGGGAGAGCUGGAAGGCAAUGAGAAGAUUCACCAUUUCAACACUCCGAGAUUACGGAAUGGGGAAAAAAGCGAUAGAAGACAAGAUCAGUGAAGAAGCUGAAUGUUUGGUGCAGGCGAUCACAGCUCAUGGAG